AUGAAGACCUCUUUCGCUGCCCUUGUCCUGUCGGCUCUCGCUCUUUCUGUGCACGCGCUUCCCUCUUACCCGUACUCGUCUUUCACGGACUGCAACUACACUACCACUGUCCAACCGUCGACGCAUUCAAGCAGCUCGAUCCCUUCGUCCACGCAGUCCACCACUUCUCCGCCCGUCACCACUUCCCCCACCGUUCCCCCCGAGUGCUGCGACAGUACCGUGCCGCUCUUCCGCGCAUACCAAAUCUCCGCCACGGACCACUUCUACACCACCAACGCGACGGAGCGCGACAUCGCCGUCGCCAGGCUCAAUUACACCAACGAGGGGACCGCCGCCCAAGUCUUCCCCGCCGCCGUCUCCGGCGCGGAGCGCGACCACGCGUGCGGGAGCGUGCCGUUCUACCGGCUGUACCAGCCGUCGGUGAUCGACCACUUCUACACGACCGACGCGCAGGAGCGCGACAACGCGGUCACAUUGUUGGGCUACUCGUACGAGGGAGUUGCCGGGUACGUGAACCCGGUGAAGGGCGCGUACUGCUACUAG